AUGAUUGACCAUGGUCUGAUUUGUACCUUUGCGGAGAGGUGGCAUGAGGAGACUUCCAGCUUCCACUUUCUAUUUGGGGAGAUAACAGUCACACUUGACGAUGUGGCCUCUUUGCUGCAUAUCCCCAUUGACGGCAUGCUCCUGUCCCACGAGUCCGUAUCACGGGGAGAGGCGAUGGAAUUGAUGGAGAAGUACUUGGGGUCUAAUACGUUUGAUGCUCGUACAGAGGUCAAAAUGACCAAAGGUGAACAUUGCCGAUUUGGCUACUUGGAGGAGAUCUUCAAGGAGCGUUUGAAGGAGCAGAGGGAUUUGGCAGUGGAGUAUGGUGUGACUGAGGAGGUGGAGAGGUUGCAGGACCAGUACUUUAGAGACCUCGAUCUUGUUUCUGGUUUUUCAUGGGGAGCUGCGGCACUAGCUCACUUGUAUAAGGAGCUCAACAAUGCUGCACGUUGGAACUGCAGUCAGGUGGCAGGAUACCUGACUUUGUUGCAUGUUUGGGUGUUUCAUCACUUCCCAAGUAUGGGAAGCAAUGAUGUCUGGGAAAAGUAUGUAGAGAAUGAGUAUCCACGCGCGAUGCUUUUUUUAGCAUUGUCUGGUUUAGGCAUAGUGGACCACUACAGAAACUAUCUCGAUGCGCUGGAUUUGACAAGGGUUGUCAUGGCCCCAUAUGGAGAGCACCGUCAGGCACGUCAGUUUGAGCGGGUCAACCUUUACUCUGGAUGGCUGAGAUUCGGAGAGCGCAUGGUAAGAUAUCUGCCGGAGAGGGUGUUUCGUCAGUCUGGGUGGGUUCAGACCAUACCAAGACAUCUGGUUGAGAGUGCAGCUAUUGAUGUUAAUUUGACAGAGAUCACAAACCGCUUUCGCCAUGCACUUGAUUAUGCGCUGACACCUCAGCAGUUGGGAGAGCCUGCAGUUCAUGGUGUGGAGGCAGAAGAUGGAUAUAUUGAAUGGUUUUAUCGACAUUCUUAUCCACGCAUGAUUCUUCAUGACAUGCCACUACUGGUGUCGAGGCCAUCGGAGUGUGAGAUCCUUGAUGCGCGAGCUGCUCAGGAGGAUGGAGACCUUGCGUAUAAAUUCUCUGGGCGGAGAGGUAAUAUCUAG